GAACAUUUCAGUUUUACCACGGGUAAAAAUGUGGGAGUGCAAGAUUUACAUGAACCAAAUCAGCCAAAAGCCUGAAAAUACAAUCUUUACAAGGACUUUCAGACUUGAUUAUGAGCUUUUUAAUUGCAUUCAUGUAAAACCCCUGAUAUGGUGUUCUGAUGUAGCGGAUCAUUUAUAACUGUGGUUUACUAUCUAUCUGUGCUUUGAUGUUCCUGCAUUGCCACUUUUGCCCACAUGCCACUUUGAGUCUUACACUGAAAUGUGGUCAGAAGUUGUCGUGUGAGAACCAUCCUUUUACAGAAGUAAGAACUUCCUGCUUCUUUAUCUAAAGUGAAAAAACUGUUCAAAACACCAGGACAGACUCUACGCAGCAGCACCUAAUUCUUCCAUCUGUGAGAUUGUAUUAAACAACAACAAUGAGGAUGCAGCUCAGCAUUAAUGCGCCUGUUGUUCUGCUGUGGGGAAUAUUUAGUUUGUUUUCUACGGUGGCCAUGAGUGCUCCAAACACAGAAAACAACAUGUACACAACUGGUGAACCCAACAAAACGACAACGCAGCUCAGUGCAAAUGUUCAUAAUGUAACAGUAACUCAUCAAACUCACACGCCUGCAGAAGGUGGAGUUGCAACAACAAAGGAAAUGGAAAUAGCAACCAUCACUAACAACAGCUCAGACGUCAGAUCUUCUGAUUUGGUUGUCACAAAGUCGGUAGCAGCAACUACAGGCGGCUUGUUGGAAGGAUUGCUUCAUAGCUCUGCUGCAGCUACCACAACUGAAGCAAAGUCUCCAAACAGCAUGGAAAUGUCAGAAACAGUCAAUCCAACAGAUGAUGAGCUACUUCAGCAAUCCACCACUUUUGCCAACAUAGUUACCCCUUCAGCAACUUCUGCAGCUUCUUUAGCAACAACUGUGCCUACAACUAAACCUGUCUCCACCACAAAGCCUGACGUUACAGAAAUGUUUUAUCCCACGACCCCUUCUGAUAAUUCUACUUUGACUCCAGUCUCCACCCAAAACCAAAGCACUCCAACUUCAACUUUAGCAACAAUUGUGCCUACAACUAAACCUGUCUCCACCACAAAGCCUGACGUUACAGAAACGUUUUAUCCCACGACCCCUUCUGAUAAUUCUACUUCGACUCCAGUCUCCACCCAAAACCAAAGCACUUCUUCAACUUCUGCUACAACCACAAAGACAGAAAGCACCACCUCUGGGGUAGCACCUGUGUUUCACUCCACAAUAAAAGAGAAAUCCACCAAGAGAACUAAUCCUCCGUCUACUUCUUGGCCUGUUUCUGCCACAAGAAUCUACACCUCCACAUCAGAGAAAGGAAUUACAAGAGGGUCCUCGACAGAGCCUCCAUCCACUCUUUUCUCCAUGAACACGACCAACUCCACCUCUCCCGUGGGAAUUUUAAUACCUCUUGGACCCAAAACAUUUGCAACCCUUACAACUAAAUCAGCACCAACAAGUCCACCCAGCACUGAUUCCCAGCCCUGCUCCAGCCGCGGCGUGGUGAAGCACUGCCUCAUCGCCAUCGCCUCCCUAGCAGGGUUGGCCACCUUCUUUAUGGUCACCACCAUUACCCUCUGCACCAAGCUGUCAACAAGUAGGUACAGGGUGAGGAGACCUCCGCAGGCCACUGAGAUGAUGUGCAUCUCCUCCUUACUGCCUGAAAGGAACUACACCUACACCAGGCAACGCAACCCAGUGAGCAACGGGGUGCUGGUGAUGCAUGCAGGCGGAGACAGUGAUGAGGAAGGAGGAGAUAAUCUCACGCUCAGCAGCUUUCUUCCAGAAAAUGAUCAUUUGGUGUAGAUGGAUUAUUAUUUUUUUCAACUUUAAAUUAACUUUUAAUAGACUGUAUUAAACAUGGACGUAAUCUCAGCGAUGUCCCCCAUCUGUUUCUGAAGAGGCGGUUUCAGGCCCGACGAUAGCAUAUUGGAAAUGCUACCUCCAGCCAACUUUGAGUCAAUCUAAAAAACAAGCAAAGACGUGGACCUUCAUUCUUCUGGCAAACACAUACAACGUGCCCACCUUUCAGUUGAAUUACCCACGGCCCUUAUUAUGCAAAAAUGUUUGCAUCACUCUGGGCCUAAAUAUCAUUUCAGUUUUUACCAAUAAACGAAUGAGUUAGUAAGACCCAAACCGGUCCUUGAACCAAGCUGUAAAUAUGGGCUUUAAUAUGUUUUUUUUUAGAGACCCAUGAUGAGAACAGGGAUCAAAGAAUUUUUUUUAAACAUCCUGAGCUGGACCCUGAUGGUAUUUCACUCAGUGACAGGAGACAGGAAGGCCUUAUUCUGUCAGGGGGAUUACUGCUCUUCAAAGACUCAGCUCAGUUUACAAGAGCUACUCUGGUAGCAUGGAGCCUUUUAUUGUAAAAACGCUGUAAUUUGAAUUUAACGUGAAUGGGUUUAUGUGUGGAGAUUACUUUUCUGUAUUGUGAUAAUUUAUUGACCUAUAAUGUCUUAUUUAAGGGUUUGCUUAGGCUUUAUUUAACAGGCUUGUAAUGGCUGUAAUUGCUUGCAACUCUAUCUAGAAGAACUUGGAAUGAGCUGAGUUUGUUUUGUUGGGUUUAAAAGCAGCUGUGGAUUUCUGGAAUGUUUCCCUCAACAAAUUUGCACUGCAACACGAUUUGGGGUGUCAUUACACUGAUAAGCAUUUCAUGAUCAGUAAUUAUUUACUCAUUUACUUGUUGAACAUGUUUUUUUUUUGCCAACUUUGCCAAUGAUUAGAGCUAAGAUUGUUAGAAAAAGAAAAUAAUAUAAAUUGAGCUGUUACAUUAGGGGUAACCAUUGUUUUUUUUUCCUGUGAUCCCUCAAGAAGAGAUUUUAAAUAAGAAAACAUUUUUGGAUAAUUCAAGCUCUUUUCACAGAUGCACUUCUGAAAACUUCUAAUGUUUUAAUUAGCCUUCACGUGUUCCUCACAGCUGGUAGUCUUCCCUGCAGAUAUCCAGGAUGGGGAACCAAACAACAAAAUUUGACAUGAAUAAAAAUAAAAAAAAUUUUUUUUUGCCUUUUUCAA